CUCUAUUUUAGUAUUCACAAUGGCGGGAGAAGUUAUUUCAUCAUUUUAGUCACAUGCGGUAAACAAAAGUGAUUGUUUACACUAAUGUUUGAGUUAAGGUUUUUCAUUUCAAAUCCUUCGACGUUGUGACAUUAGUAGGUCAAGAUGCCGACUGUGUUGGCGCUGGACGUGUCGCUGUCCAUGAGCCGGCCGGUCUUCACCCCCGACAGUCAGGGCGAGUUUCAGCGGCGCCAUCUAGCAGUGCACGGCAUCAACCAUCUCCUGGACUACAUGGCUGUCAGCUGCAAGUUGGAGUUCACAUCUCUGGUGGUGUUUUCGUAUCUAUGGGAACAACUGGUGACUUUCACAAGGGACUUUGACUCCAUCAAAUCAGCACUUAACAAAAUAGAAAUAUUCAACAAGACGUGUAUUGAGACAGUGUUGAAUGGUAUCAAGUCUCUGAUAGUGGAGGAAUGGAGUACUGUCACACCAUGUCAGAUCAUAUUAAUAACAGAUGGCAACUGUGGUAUCGGCCAAGGCUCACUGAAGGAAUCCUUGCAGUCCAAGACAGCUGACGACAAGUUCCCUCUGCCGUUUCCAUUUCCGUGUAAACUUCACGUUGUUUGUGUAGCUAACCCAAAUGACCCCGACUUGCAGAGUUCUCUGCCCUUGUAUCAGAAACUGAUCGACAUGAACAACGAAGGUGGAGAAAUCUUCAUUCCAGAAUCCAACAUGACAAUGAAAUCAGUGGAGCAGAUGUUUCAGAAAUUAGGGGAGACAUUCUAUGCUCCCUACUUUGGAACAAUUCAGUGUGGCAAUCUCAAGUGCAGCGUUCAGUUGCUGCCCUCUCCGGAACCUCUCUCCAGGAAGAAUGCAGCAGGAGAAGAUGAGCAGAUCGUGCUGAACAACAACCUGGAGGUGUGCGGGUUUCUGGACAUCGCCGAUGUUGCCAGUCCCCCCACCAUCUCACGCCAUCUUGUCCUCCCUACCAUCUCUAAAGACCGGGGCAAGCCAGCUGAUGAAAAUGGCAGCAAGGAAGGGAAGAACGGCAAACCAGCGGCAGAGGAAGAGGAGGAGUUGGAUGAUGGGAAGACGCCGUCGUUUACGGUGCUGCUGCACGGCAGCCUCAAGGUUGAGGGCAUGGUGGCGCUCACUAAAGUGGGGCCUGACUGGUAUGGGAUCAUGUAUUCAUGGGCUGACAGUAAGAAGAAAUCAAACCUCAUGUUGGCUUUUUUUUAUCCAGGUAUGGACACUAUGAGCUGGCUGGGGAAGCUGGACAAUCUUGCCCAUGUGUCCGAGUUCUCGGAGUCACCGUAUGGGGAAGAUGACAGUAAGACUCCCUUCCCUGUUCGACCCGGAGACAAGAGAAGCUAUGCCCAGAGCUGUGUUGUGUGGAUCAAGCCAUCAGGGCUACAGGCUGAUCUACAGAAAGUUCUGCGACAUGCUCGGAAACUACCAGAAAAACAGCAGCAGUUUUAUAAGGAGCUGAACCGGAUACGUCGGGCAGCCUUGGCAUUCGGAUUCCUGGAGCUCAUGGAGGCGAUGGCCAGCAUGUUGGAGCGGGAGUGCACCAUGUUGCCGGGGACAGCGCACCCCAGCGCCGCCAUGCAGCUGUCUCACGCAGCCAACGCACUCCAGAACCCUUCAGCCAAAGAUGUCUCCACCACCAUCAUGCCGCUACAGACCAACUUCAGCACUGACGAUUAACUCUACAAUGGCCAUGAAGACAUGGUAGUGCUAGCUGGUGGAGAGGAACACUAUUUCCAACACAGGCUUGUGUUUUCGGUGCUGCUCACACACAAGAUGCUAUUAAUAGUUUCAUCUAUCAAACAAGAAGCCUGCAAAAUAAGUAGGUUAAAAAAGCAAGUGUGUGUGUGGAGUGCUGCUCACGCUAUCAACCACUGGUUUGUCUGGUCCAGGCCUGAUCUCCACAGGCAGCUUCAUGUGACCAUAACAUCACUGACUUGCCAUUUACUCGAGGGUAUAUGUUCCCUGUUCAACUAAGAGAUGUCAUAUCACGAAGAUGUUUUGAUGCCUGUGAUGUUUGUUUAUAUUUACAAGAUUACAGUACAAGAUACAUAAGAUCCUUAUAUUGCAUCAAACAUGGUAAAUAAAUAAUUUUACAUA